AUGUAACGUAUACUAUAGUGUUUCUAGUAAUAGAGUGCACCCGGAUGAAGAAUCUGAACGCAUCCUUAACCGGAGUUUGUGAAAUCGGCCCUUAGAAAAACAAUGUGUGGCCGACUUGUUCCUUUCGUCUGAAAACAGUUUUUAACGAACACACAUUUCUAUCGUGAAGGAUGGCACCGAGAUACGAAUUGGCUGUCGGCCUUAAUAAAGGUCACAAAACGACAAAGAUCCGAGUGGCUAAAACCAAAUCUGAGAAAGAGAAGACUGUCUGUCAUCGACCGUCCAGACUUAAAGGGAGACAAACCAAACAUGGAAAGUUUGUAAGGGACUUAAUUCGAGAAGUCACAGGACAUGCUCCAUAUGAAAAGCGAGCUAUGGAAUUACUAAAGGUCUCUAAAGACAAGCGUGCUCUGAAAUUCUUGAAGAGAAGGCUGGGCACACAUAUUCGUGCCAAGAGGAAGCGAGAGGAGCUUGGAAACAUCCUGGUACAAAUGAGAAAAGCUGCACAUCAUUAACUUUUGUUGUCAAAACUCAAAAUGCUAUGCAUUACUUAAAGAGAUCAACAUUUCAAUUUAAAAUAUAUUAAUUUAAAAUAUAUUAAUUCUUAAGAA